AUGAGAGUUCUUAUUUUAUUUACUGCAAUAGUUCUGUCCGUUUGUGGUUUUCAAGAACAUGAACACUGGCAGUCAUUUAAGCUAAAACAUAAUAAAACCUAUAAUAUUGUGGAAGAAAAACUUCGUUUUCAAAUUUUUAAAGAUAAUUUGAAGAAAAUCGAAGAACAUAAUGUCAGAUAUGAAGACGGAGAAGUUAGAUAUUAUUUGGGAGUCAACCAAUUUGCAGAUAUGACCGAUGAAGAGUUCAGUGAUAUGCUUCAACUUCAAGUUUCUAAUAAGCCCAAAAUUAUGGCAAAUGUCCAAGAAUUUUCAAAAGAUUUAAAGGUUCCAGAUUCUAUCAAUUGGUUAGAAAAAGGAGCAGUUUUACCUAUCAGAGAUCAAGGAGAUUGUGGAUCCUGUUGGGCAUUUAGUUCGGUUGCUACUAUUGAAGGUCAAAACGCUAUAAAAAAUAAUGUUUCCAUUGUACUCAGUCCAAAACAACUAGUGGAUUGUUCUAAUAGUUACGGAAAUGGUGGCUGCAACGGUGGAAAUCAAUUUCUUGCAUAUACAUACAUUGCCAAUUUCGGUAUUCAAUCUGAAAGUUCAUAUCCCUAUUCAACUGAAAAAACUGAAUGUAAAUAUUCAGCUGAUGAUGUUGCAACGCAAAUCAGUGGUUACAGAAGAAUUCAAGAAAACGAAGAAGAUCUUAAAGCAGCUGUUGGUACAAUUGGACCAAUCAGUGUGACUAUUCUGGCAGAUACUCUUAAAUUGUACGCAGGAGGUAUUUAUGAUGAUGCUGAAGCUUGCAGUGGGAUUUAUGUGAAUCAUGGCGUGGUCGUCAUUGGUUAUGGUACCGAAGAAGGAAUUGAUUAUUGGCUAAUUAAGAACUCAUGGGGCACCAGUUGGGGAGAAAGUGGCUACCUUAGAUUACACAGAAAUUACAGUGUUUGCGGUAUUUUACUUCAGAUGACUUAUCCAGUUCUAUAA